CAGCAACGUACACAGGGCUGUAACAUACUUGGCGGAGAAAAACUGUUCAUCAGGGCAGUUUGUGCUGAAGAGCUGUGAAGACUUCUACAAGAGAAGAGGCAGGAUGACUCCUCUCAUGUUUAAAGAUGCUUUCUGGGGGCCAGAUUUCACGUGUCAUGCUGGGUACGACGCCAUCAUCCAAAGGUUGCGUGAAGGACGGCAGAUGUGCAAAGACAUGGAGGAGCUUCUGAAGAUGAGGGCAUCAGCAGAGGAGAAAUAUGGAAAGGAACUGGUGAGCAUUGCUCGCAAAGCUGGAGGGAACACCGAGAUCAGCACUCUGAGAGCGUCUUUUGAACAGCUGAAAACUCAAAUCGAGAACGUUGGGAACUUUCACAUCCAAUUGUCUGACAUACUGAAAGAGGAGGUGAAAAAGAUUGAGACAUUCAGAGAGCAUCAAAAAGAGCAGAGGAAAAAGUUUGAAAGCAUCAUGGAGAAGGUUCAAAAGAAAAAGGUUUCCUUCUUCAAGAAGACCAUGGAAUCAAAGAAGAACUACGAGCUGAGAGGCAAGGAGGCUGAUGAAGCAGAGCAUGGGGCUGAGAAAACAAACUUUUCAUGUAAAAUUCCUGAGAAGACACGUCUCCGGAUCAAACACUGCAGACAAGCAGCCAAUGAAGCAGAAAAGCUGUACUUCAACAACAUUGUUCAGCUCGAUUAUCUCCGCCGGGACUGGGAGGAGACGCACAGGAGCACGUGUGAGGUGUUCCAGCAGCUGGAGGGAGAUCGUAUCAGCAUGCUCAGGUGUGCUCUCUGGAACCACUGCAAUCAUUUCUCCAUGCAGUGUGUCAGAGACGACGAGUCUUUCGAAGAGGUGAGGAAGGUCCUGGAGCACUGUGACAUGAUUACAGACAACAACUGUUUCAUAGAAAAGAGGAGCACAGGAUCGAAGCCUCCAGAGCCCAUCGUAUUUGAAAGCUACAACCAGGCGGGGACACUCAGUGGCACAAAUGGUCCAGCUCAAUCUGAAUGGACAGGAGACACAACAACGAGAAGGUACUCUGACUCCCAGCUGGGAAGUCCUGUCAUCAACAACACCAACAGCGCUCAGGCCCGGCGAUCCACACUGACAUCCAUUGUUGAGAAUUCCGAUGAGGGAUAUGCACCGUUACCAUGUUUCCAGCAAGAGGCAGCAGUGGCCACAGCUCCGACCGAUGGAGAGUACUGUAUUGUGGUUUAUCAGUACGACGCACAGGAAGAAGAUGAGAUGUCUGUGAGCAGAGGGGCCGUGGUCCGAGUGCUGGAGCGGGGUGAAGACGGCUGGUGGACCGUGGAGAGGAAUGGACUGACCGGACUGGUCCCGGGGAACUUCCUGGGCAGAAUCUGAACCAUUCACACACUGUGGCGUCAUUACUUUCUAUUGCUUAUGGUUCCUUAGUUUGUUUUUCAGACAUAAUAUGGAAUCAACAGAACAGUUAUCUCAACAUGAAACCAACUCACAUGAUAAAUUGCAAUGAUUCAUGACAUAGAAAGUUAUUUUGGCCAUCAAGUGAAUUGGCAAUUGAAGUGGCAGAUUUGUGCCCUCAGAGCACAUCCCUUCAAAAUAAUAUCCACAAAUACCAACAUAGUGUUAAUUAUUUUGUGUCAAGCUCAUGAAGUAACAUGGAUAGAUGAUCAAACUUGUAAAUAUUGUCAAUAUAAAUCAAAGUUGUAGCCUAAUUUACUUCAAAUUUGUAGUUUUCGAUGUACAUCAUGAAUGAACACUGAACUCAGCAGAUAAUAGUUUCAUUUUCUGUUUGAACAGUAUGAUUUUCCAGAAAUAAAUUAAGACAUAUUGUUAAUAUAAUAUAAUGAACAUCAUUUAUUUUGAAGUAAAUUAUAUUUUGAACCUACAAGCUUAUUAGUUUGGUUUCUUGUUAUGCAUGCACAUCUCAAAACAUUUUGUUGUUUCAAAAUAUUCCUCAUAACAGUGAAACGUCCUUUUAGAGGAAAAAAAUCACAACUAAUGCCACAAAGAGUGCACACAACAAGACUAUAUAAAGUUAAUCAGACAAAUAAAUGUAUGAACUCACCCUGUGGACAGCAGCAGAUGAAACAUCUUUAAAACAGCUUCUCUCCAUUUGUUUAUAUUAAACUCUUUUGUUAAACUGGUUCAACUUGUUAAAUUUUGCAACUUCACGCUCAGUAGACAGGUAAAUACUCUUGAAUGUGGGAAACGGCUGUUCAUUGACAGCUUGUAGAGAACCUGGAAUAUGACUAAAGAUUUGUUCAUUAAAAUUUUUUUACAUGUUUGCUGUCGCAAAAAAAAAAAAACUACAAACUUCCUGUCAGCCAACCAACCCAUACAAAGCC